AUGGCCAGGACAGCGGACAAGGUGGCGGACCUGAGAGACGAGGUGUCUGACAGGAUGGAGGAUGUAGAAGAGAUUGGCAACAUCCUGGCACAUCCUCUUGGCGGCGAGGAAUUUGAUGACGAUGAUCUUCUGGCGGAGCUAGAGGAAAUGGACCAGGAUGAUCUCAUACACAAACUGAGCGACAUCCAAUUGCCCUCUGUGCCAACCGAGGAGCUCAAGAGAAAAGGCGACAAGAAGUCCGGGAAAGCGAAAGAGGAAGAGGAGGAAGGAAGAGAAAUGAGGAAGUUGGCUGAAUGGGUGUGA